UGAUUGGAUGGCUGCCAAAUGUAUUCAUUAUGGUAAGCAGACAGAGCCUUAUAUCAGACAAGACUGUGUAAGAUGCUGAUGCGGGGAAAGUUACUCAACCAGCCUGAAAAGGUAUAAUAUUACAUGGUAUUAUUUGUAAUGAGUUCAUGCAGAGCAAAUGUUGUCUUUUUGCACAUUGAACUGUUAAGUUUUGUUUUUCUUUUAAUUGUUGCUGUUAAUUAAAAAAUGUUUUGCAGGAAAACAAGUACAGUAUGGCACCAGAGAUUACUGUCAACGUCAGUGCUACUGACCACAUACCCCUGUGUUAUGAACUAGAUAAGAGGUUUUACAUAUUGAUAAACAGUACUUCAACCGUAUGUGUUUUCUUAUAUGUUUUCCUUGGCUGCUUAUCAGUUGUUAUUGUAUGUGGAAAUCUUUUCAUUAUAAUCUCUAUUAUUUACUUUAAGCAGCUCCACACUCCUACAAACUCUCUCAUCCUCUCGCUGGCUGUGGCUGACCUGCUGGUUGGGCUGCUAGUGUUUCCCUUCAACACCAGAUUUACUGUGAGCUUCUGUCUUGAUCGUGGGCAUUUAUAUUGCAAACUACGAAACACUUUUGAUGUAACACUGAGCACAGCUUCCAUUUUGAAUUUAUGUUGUAUUUCUAUUGAUAGAUACUACGCAGUGUGUCAACCUCUCACCUACAGAGCUAAGAUGAAUUUUCAUGUUGUUGGUACUAUGAUUCUGAUGACCUGGACUGUUUCCGUUCUAGUUUCUGUUGGCUUUUUAGUUUCAGAAUUUAAUUAUGAAAAGUGUGAAAAGUCCUGUCUAAUUGAUAUUUUACUUGCAAAUAUUUUGGGACCUAUUUUUUCCUUUUAUGUCCCAGUGAUCAUAAUGUUAUGUAUAUACCUAAAGAUUUUCCUUGUUGCACAGAGGCAGGCACGUAGUAUACAGAACAAGAGCUGUCAAAUGAGAACAUUUGGAUCCACUGUGAGUAAGCUGGAAAGAAAGGCCACUAAAACUCUCGCUACUGUUUUGGGAGUUUUUCUGAUGUGUUGGACUCCUUUCUUUCUGUGCUUUAGCUUCCAGCUUUUACACGGCGUCUCGGUGCCAGAUUCAGUGUUUGAAACGCUCAAUUGGUUUGCAUUGUCAAACUCAAUGCUUAAUCCUUUUAUUUACGCUUUCUUCUACAGCUGGUUCCGAGCAGCUUUCAAAAUCAUUGUUUCUGGAAAAAUAUUUCAAGGUGAUUUUGGUAACACAAAACUGACUUAGCGUAUUGUUAG